AUGUUACUACAAUUCACCAACUGCCAUCUUUGCGACCACGGCAUCAUCACUCACAAUACCGAUCUCUUUGUCGAUACUGAGACUGGUAAGAUUGUUGCACCUCCAAAGAGCAAGAAGGUUCUGGUUCAAAAGGUCGACCUUGAGGGCCAGAUCUUGGCUCCUGGCUACAUUGACAUUCAGAACAACGGUAUCUAUGGCUUGAACUUCAGCAACCUUAAAGAGGACUCUACUGGCGAAGAUAUCGCACGCUUUAAGGCUUUCUACAGAGAUGCCAUGUCCAAGUACAUGAGAACUGGUGUCACUGCCAUGUGUCCUACCGUCACAUCUAACUUCCCAGCCACCUACGAGAAGGUCUUGCCAGUUUACAAGAAGACGAGAUCUCAGAGCAUGUGUGACUCGCUUGGUGCUCACUGUGAGGGUCCAUUCAUCAGUACUGCCAAAAAGGGUUGUCACCCAGUGGAAACCUUCACCGAUGCUACCAAGGAAGGUGGUUUGGCUAGAGUCUACGGUCAAGAAAACUUAUUAGAAAACGUUGCCAUUGUGACUGCUGCUCCAGAGAUUCCAGGUGUCUUGGACUCCAUUCCAGAACUUACUGAGAACGACGUCAUCUUCUCUGUGGGCCACACUUCUUCUGACUACAAGACCAGUUUGGAAGCUGUCCACAGAGGUGCCACCAUGAUCACCCACUUAUACAAUGCCAUGCCCCAGCCUCACCACAGAGACGUUGGUGUGGUUGGUCUUGUCACCUCCCCAUCUACUGGUAUGGACAGUCCAUACUUCGGCAUCAUCUGUGACGGUGUCCAUGUUGCACCAUCCAUGUGUGUUUUGGCUUAUAGAGCCAACCCAGACAAGUGUGUCCUUACGACGGAUGCCAUGCAUUUGAUUGGCUUGCCUGAUGGUACCUACAAGUGGGACGAGCAAAAGAUCGUCAAGCAAGGCCCAAGACUUUACUUGGAAGGCACCACCACGUUGGCCGGUGCUGCUACUACUCUCGCCGAGUGUGUGAGAAACUUGGUCCAGUGGGCCAAUGUGUCCUUGGCGCAGGCAGUCAAGACCGUCACCAACAACGCUGCUGACUCGCUUAAUGUGUCCAACGAGAAGGGCUACUUGAAGGUUGGCUGCGACGCCGACUUGGUUGUCUUGGACAACGACGGUUACAUCAAGACCGUUUACAAGUGUGGUCAAGCUGUUCCCUCUAUUGAUGAGCGUGUUUCAGCUUCCCUCUAA